GCAAGGACUCGGAGCACUGAGGCUCGGCGGCGGCGGCGGCACCGGGGGCGGCCGGAGCCCUGGGCCCACCAUGGGCCGCCCCGAUCGGGGCGCGCUCCGGCCGCUGGUGCUCCUGCAGCAGCUGCUGCUGCUGCUGCUGCUUCUGCUGCUGCGGCUCCAGCAUCUCUCGGAGGCGGCGGCGGCGGCUCCAAUGAGCGGCGGCCAAGAGGCAGCCAAGGCGUGCGAGGAGGACCAAUUCCGCUGCCGGAACGAGCGCUGCAUCCCCUCCGUGUGGAGAUGCGACGAAGACGACGACUGUUCGGACAACAGCGACGAGGACGACUGUCCCAAGAAGACCUGCACAGACACAGACUUCACCUGUGACAACGGCCACUGCAUCCCCGAGAGGUGGAAAUGUGAUGGCGAGGAAGAGUGUGCAGAUGGCUCAGACGAGUCUGCAGCCACUUGCACCAAGGUGGUGUGCCCCGCAGAGAAGCUGAGCUGUGGCCCCAGCAGCCACAAGUGUGUGCCCGCCUCGUGGCGCUGUGAUGGCGAGAAGGACUGCGAGAGUGGAGCCGACGAGGCUGGCUGUGCCACCCUGUGCGCCCCGCAUGAGUUCCAGUGCAGCAACCGCUCGUGCCUGGCCGCCGUGUUCGUGUGCGACGGCGACGACGACUGCGGCGACGGCAGCGACGAGCGGGGCUGCACCGAGCCGGCCUGUGGGCCCCGAGAGUUCCGCUGCGGCGGCGACAACGGCGCCUGCAUCCCCGAGCGCUGGGUCUGCGACCGCCAGCUGGACUGCGACGACCGCUCGGACGAAGCUGCCGAGCUGUGUGGCGGCGGCGGUGGCAGCCCCAAGGCCACGGCCACGGCCACGGCCAGGCCCGCCGCCUGUGCCGAGGCCCAGUUCGCCUGCCGCAGCGGCGAGUGCGUGCACUUGGGCUGGCGCUGCGACGGCGACCACGACUGCAAGGACAAGUCGGACGAGGCCGACUGCCCACUGGGGACCUGCCGUGGGGACGAGUUCCGCUGCGCCGAUGGCACGUGUGUCCCCGCUGUCAGGCGCUGCAACCAGGAGCGGGACUGUCCAGAUGGGAGUGACGAAGCCGGCUGCCUGCAGGCCCCUGCAGAGUCUACCUGCCAGGGCCCCCGCAGAUUUCAGUGUAAGAGUGGCGAGUGCGUGGACAGCGGGAAAGUGUGUGACACGCAGCGGGACUGCCGGGAUUGGUCGGAUGAGCCCCUGAAAGAGUGUGGCCUGAAUGAGUGUCUGCACAACAAUGGCGGCUGCUCCCACAUCUGCACUGACCAGAAACUCGGCUUCGAGUGCUCCUGCCCCACUGGCUUCCGACUCCUGGACCCAAAGACCUGCGGUGACAUUGAUGAGUGUGAAGACCCUGACGUCUGCAGCCAGAUCUGCAUCAACUAUAAGGGUUUCUUCAAGUGCGAGUGUCACCCGGGCUACGAGAUGGACACGUUGACCAAGACCUGCAAAGCCACCGGAGGUAGAAGCCCCUCCCUGAUCUUCACCAACCGGCAUGAGGUGCGCAGGAUCGACCUGGGGAAACGGGACUACUCGAGGCUCAUCCCCAUGCUCAAGAAUGUGGUGGCGCUUGAUGUGGAGGUCGCCACCAACCGGAUCUACUGGUGUGACCUCUCCUACCGCAAGAUCUACAGUGCCUACAUGGACAAGGCCAGUGACCCAGCUGAGCAGGAAGUGCUCAUCGACGAGCAGCUGCACUCGCCCGAGGGCUUGGCGGUGGACUGGGUGCACCAGCACAUCUACUGGACUGACUCGGGCAACAAGACCAUCUCGGUGGCCACAGUGGAUGGCCAGCGCCGGCGCACGCUCUUCAGCAGUGGCCUCAGCGAGCCCCGGGCCAUCGCUGUUGACCCCCUGCGAGGGUUCAUGUAUUGGUCAGACUGGGGGUACCAGGCCAAGAUUGAGAAAUCUGGGCUCAACGGAGUGGGUCGGCAGACUCUGGUUUCAGACAACAUCGAAUGGCCCAACGGAAUCACCCUGGAUUUGCUGAGCCAGCGCCUGUACUGGGUGGACUCCAAGCUCCACCAACUCUCCAGCGUGGACUUCAGCGGCCUCAGCAGGAAGGUGCUCAUCUCCUCCCAGGAAGUCCUGAGCCAUCCCUUUGGGGUUGCUGUGUUUGAGGACAGAGUCUUCUGGACAGACCUGGAGAAUGAGGCCAUUUUUAGUGCAAAUCGGCUCAACGGCAAGGAAAUCUCUAUCCUCGCUGAUAACCUCAAUAACCCACACGACAUUGUCAUCUUCCAUGAGCUGAAGCAGCCCAGAGCUGCAGAUGCCUGUGAGCUGAGCACGCAGCCCAAUGGAGGCUGUGAGUACCUGUGCCUUCCUGCGCCCCAGACCUUCAGCCAUUCUCCCAAGUACACGUGUGCCUGUCCCGACACCAUGUGGCUGGGCCCAGACAUGAAGAGGUGCUAUCGGGCACCUCAAUCUACCUCAACCACGACCCUCACCUCUACCACGACGGGGACAGCAGCAGCCACUACCAGAGCUCCUGGGACUGCCAUCCACAGCACAACCUCUCAGAACCACAGCACAGAGACCCCAAACCAAACAGCCGCAGUCCCCGGCUCAGUUAGUGUCGCCGCAGCUCCCAGCAUCAGCCCGUCUGACGCCAGCCCUGCCACCAGCAACCACUCCCAGCACUAUGGGAAUGAAGAAGGCAAGAUGGGCUCCACUGUCACUGCUGCUGUCAUUGGCAUUGUUGUACCCAUGGCGGUAAUAGCCCUGCUGUGCAUGAGCGGCUACCUGAUCUGGAGGAACUGGAAGCGGAAGAACACGAAAAGCAUGAAUUUCGACAACCCAGUGUACAGGAAGACAACGGAAGAAGAGGAUGAAGAUGAACUCCACAUAGGGAGGACUGCUGAAAUUGGGCAUGUCUAUCCUGCAGCAAUCAGCAGCUUUGAGCGCCCAAUGUGGGCAGAGCGCUGUCUUGGGGAGACCAGAGAACUGGAAGACCCAGCCCCUGCCCUCAAGGAACUUUUUGUCUUGCCGGGGGAGCCAAGGCCACAGCCGCACCAACUCCCGAAGAACCCUCUUUCCGAGCUGCCUGUCGUCACGUGCAAGCGAGUGGCAUUAAACCUUGAAGAUGAUGGACUACCCUGAGGAUGGGACCACUCCCGCCGUGCCUCACGGGACUCAGUCUCAAUGCACCACACCCCUGGGAUGGUGCAUACCUGGAUAGAAGACAUUUCUGUCCAUGGGUCUGUGUGAGUUCGUGUGUGAGAGGGAGAGAAGAAAGUGUGCAUGUGUGUGUGUCUGGGUAUCUUAUUUUUUUUUAAUUUAUGUUGUAGAAAGGUAACCACAAAGUUAUGAUGAACUGCAAACAUCCAAAGGAUGUGAGAGUUUUUAUAUGUAUAAUGUUUUAUACACUUUUUAACUGGUUGCACUACCCAUGAGGAAUCAUGCACCAUCUACUGCUGGUGACUAACAUGAUGUACAUAACCAAAUGGGCCGAUGGAGCAGUAGCUCACUCGUCACUCUAGAACGACAUUCACAGAAGGCAUUUGGUUGGGGGAGGGAGCAGCUUCUUAGGUCUUGGAGUUUGGGUUUUGUUUUGUAAGCAAAAGGAUUAUGCUUUGUGGCUAUCCAUCAACAUAAGUAAAAAGAAAAAAAAAAACCUUUCACUCCCUCCCCCAUUUAGAUUAUUUAUUAACAUAUUUCAAAAAUAAGACUAGUUCUAUAAAUAA